CAAAACUUCUGAACAAUUCACAUUUCGUGAUUGGAACAUAAACUACACCCAGUCCCACAUAUUGCACAGUAUGUGCACAAGUCCAACAAAAUGCCAAGACACUCCUGAAGAAAAAUGCCUAUUAUGCAGCUACAACGAAAUAUUAGAAAUCCCUCAUCUACCCGACAUGGUCUUUCCUAAAAACGUUCUUGCUUUGAAAUACAAAAACCAUGGCACAAUCACUUUCAACGCUUUGGAUGCCCUAAAACGUGUCCGAGACAUCCAUAACACCAAAAUAGCUUGUUCAGAGAUGUGGUUGGAAUCCCGUAAAGACAACCCUGAUACUUGGACAAAAAAAAUCAAACCGUUUGACUGGACGUUCUCCACUGAUUACAAAGGUACUGUUAGUGAAGAAAUAACUGUAGAAACAACUGAGGAAGAAAUUAAUUUGGAUAAACUCAAAGUACGUGAGGAAAUCCUUUUCUAUCACGAUUAGUUGUUUGAAGAUGAGCUGCAUGAUAAUGGUAUUGCAUCGUUAAAUGUGAAGAUACGAGUUAUGCCCUCAAGUUUUUUUAUCCUUCUACUAUUUUUGAGAAUAGAUGAGGUCUUGGUGAAAAUCAAUGACACCAGAUACUUUUAUGAAGUUGGAAAGGAUUAUAUAAUACGGGAAUACACAUCUAAGGAGAACAAAAUCGAGGAGUUAACUGUGCCAAAAUAUUUGCUUAUAGAACCGAACGAGAUUGCUAAGCAUUUAAGUCUGCAAACAAAAAUAUGUGAAAAGCUUACAUUACCCAAAUCAUAAAACUUAACGUUUUGAUUCAUGUUUUUUGUUUUUGUUAUAAUUUAU